UUUAUGUUUUAUUUUGUUAUAACUUGUUAUAUCAAGUGCACCAAAAUCGAAUACUUCUCUGUCCUGGCAAUUUACACCUUCAUCAGGCGAAGCACUCAAAAAAAAUUAUAAAAACAGAAAAUGUCUGAGGCGGCGGAGGCAGCGGCCGGGGAAGAUUCUAGUGAAGCUGCUUCAGAGCAUGAUUUUAUACAGUUGAAGAGCAUGCAGGAUGUAGAGGCCUGCGAUCAGCGGCAAUUAUACCAGUACAUUGAAAAACUACAUGGAAUUAUCCGAAAAUACGACACUAGGCUUGCGGCCAACAAACAAAAGCUGAAACAAACACAGCUGAGCCAGGAGAAGAAACUAUGUCAUACAGCCAUACAGUCUAGCAUCGAUUCAGACGAGGAAGAAGUUCCUGGCAAAAGUGAAAAAAAGGAGACUGCCGCAGAAUUUUCGGCAACAGAUGUCUUCAGCUUUGUGGACGAGAUGCGCCAGGCGGCUAAGCAUGCGGAGAACCUAAACAACUUCGUGUAUGAGCCGACGUCGGGCAUGUACUACGAUCCGAAGACAGGCUACUACUACAACGCGGAGUACGAUCUGUACUACGAUGGCAACACGGGCUGCUACUACAGCUACGAUCACGGCAAAGACUCGUACGAGUUUCAUUCGCAGGCUCAGGUGCAGCACUUGAACCCCUGCGCAUAUAGUAGACUUUUAAAGGCGAACGACGCAGCUAAGCCCGGAUCGGAGCCGGCGCCGCACGAGGACGAGGAUGAUGAGGUGGAGUUCGACGAACUCGGAGGCGUCAUAACGGACACAGCAACGCUGCAAAAGAUUAAAACCGAAAAGCAGAAGCUUAGAGAACGAGCCGAAAAGUCCAAGCGCAGGGCGAAGAAGAAGAAGAACAAGAAGCACAGUAAGAAGAAGAACAAGAAGGAGCGUUGCCGCAAACCGAAAAGGAAACGUCGCAAUGCCGAUGAUAACUAAGACGUCGAAGACGGCGAGCUGUCCGAGUCAAGCGACUCCAGUUCUAGCUCCAACUCCAGCGACAACGAUAGCAGCAGUAGCGCCACUGAAGACGACGGCAGUGUUCCCGUCUUCAAGGCUGCUGGACGCUUUCAAGACAUCGCCAAGAAGUAUCCGCCCUCGCUGCGCAUCAUUGUUCAGGAAACAAACGUGGAGGAGUUACUGGUCGGAAGCCUUUAUUUGAUCACAUAUAAGGGUUGAUCGCUAGGUCGCGAUGUCAUCAUACCAGAUGUGAACGUGAGCAAGAGUCAUUUGGAAUUCUACUACGAGGCCAAGUCGGGAAUUUAUAGAUGUCGUGACC